UCCGCAAUAUGGCGGCGAUCAGGUGUGGGUGAGGGGUUGUGAGAGUACUUGCAUCACUCGCUAGGCUGCAUCGGGGAAGGCUGGCGAUUUACAAAGCAGCUAGAAGGUGGAAAUUUCUGGUGAGAAGAAAGAAAAGUUAUUACUAUGAAUAUCAAUCAUGAAGGUGUUUUGAAACUCACUAAAAUGGAGAAGAAGUUCUUAAGGAAACAGAGUAAAGCCAGACAUGUGUUGCUGAAACAUGAAGGCAUCCAGGCAGUCUCUUAUCCCACUCAGAGCCUGGUUAUUGCCAAUGGUGGUCUGGGUAAUGCUGUGAGUAGGAAACAACUGCUUUUGACUUUAGAGAAGUGUGGACCUGUGGAAGCCCUCCUCAUGCCACCUAAUAAGCCAUAUGCAUUUGUCAUAUUCCAAACUAUUGAAGAAUCCAAGAAAGCCUAUUCUAUUCUCAAUGGAAAAGAAAUCAUUGAUGAUUUGGGGCAGAAGAUCUUUCUGUACUUGAAUUUUGUUGAAAAAGCACAAUGGAAAAAAUUGGGACUUCAAGCCUUACCUCCAGGCCUUUUGGUGGUAGAAGAAAUUAUUUCUUCUGAGGAGGAGAAAAUGCUUUUGGAAAGUGUUAAUUGGACAGAAGAUACAGGUAAUCAGCAUUUUCAAAGGUCCUUAAAACACAGAAGAGUAAAACAUUUUGGUUAUGAAUUUCACUAUGAGAACAACACUGUGGAUAAAGAUAAGCCCUUACCUGGGGGUCUUCCUGAGAUUUGCAGUAGCAUUUUGGAGAAGUUGUUGAAAGAAGGUUAUAUUAAACAUAAGCCAGACCAGUUGACCAUAAAUCAGUAUGAGCCUGGGCAUGGAAUUCCUGCCCAUAUUGACUCGCAUUCUGCUUUUGAACAUGAGAUUGUUUCCCUCAGUUUGGGGUCAGCGAUUGUUAUGGAUUUCAAGCACCCAGAGGGUGUCACAGUACAAGUUAUGUUACCUCGUCGGAGUUUGCUGGUAAUGACGGGAGAGUCUAGAUACCUUUGGACUCAUGGAAUUACACCUCGAAAAUUUGAUACCAUCCAAGCAUCUGAGCAAUUCAAAGGUGGAAUAAUCAACAGUGACAUUGGAGACUUGACUUUAAGCAAGAGGGGGAUGCGCACAUCGUUUACGUUUAGGAAAGUGAGGCGAAUACCGUGCAAUUGUAGGAUGGAGAGAUGGUUCAGUUGUAGCUUCUUUCGACUACCCACACUAUCAGACUGACAUGCCUCUGAGUGCCUCCAAAUGAAACAGCUUAACAGCUUGACAACACACCUAAAUGCUCUAAAACAAAAAGAAGCAAUGGAUAAAAAUAGCACUUUCAACAAAUGAUGCUGGUUCAAAUUGAAGUCAGCAUGAGGAAGAAUGCAAAUCAGUCCUGUAAAAAUCUCAAGUCCCAGUGGAUCAAGGACCUUCACAUCAAACCAGACACACUCAAACUAAUAGAUGAAAAAGUUGGGAAGAGUCUCGAUCACAUGGAUACUGGGUACAAUUUCCUGAACAAAACUUUGAUCACUUAUCCUCUAAGAUCAAGAAUUGGCAAAUGGGACCUCAAAAAACUGCAAAGCUUCUUCCAGGCACUGUCAUUAGGACAAAACGGCAACCAACAGAUUGGGAAAAAAUCUUUACCAAUCCUACAUCUGUCAGAGGGCUAAUAUCCAAAAUAUACAAACAACUCACGCAGUUAUACUUCAGAGAGCCAAAUAACCCUAUUAAAAAAUGGAGUACCUAACUGAGCAAAGAAUUCUCAGCUGAGGAAUAUUAAAUGGCUGAGAAGUACAUAAAGAAAUACUUAACAUCUUUAAUCAUCAGGGACAUGUAAUUCCAAACAACCCUGAGAUUUCACCUCACACCAGUGAGAAUGGCUAAGAUCAAAAACUCAGGUUACAGCAGAUGCUGUCGAGGAUGUGGAGAAAGAAGAACACUCCUCCAUUGUUGGUCAGAUUGCAAACCAGUACAGCGACUGUGGAAAUCAGUCUGGAGGUUCCUCAGAAAAGUGGACAUUGCACUUCCUGAGGACCCAGCUAUACCUCUUGUAGGCAUACACCCAAAAGAUGCUCCAACAUACAACAAAGACACAUGCUUCACUAUGAUCAUAGCAACCGUAUUUAUUAUAGCCAGAAAGAACCCAGAUGCCCUUCAACAGAAGAAUGGAUACAGAAAAUGUGGUACAUCUACACAAUGGAAUAUUACACAGCUAUCAAAAACAAUGACUUCAUGAAAUUCUUAGGCAAAUGGAUUGAACUAGAAAAUAUCAUCCUGAGUGGGAUAACCCAAUCACAGAAAAACACACAUGAUAUGCACUCACUGAUAAGUGGAUAUUAGCCCAAAAGUUUGAAUUAUCCAAGAUACAAUCUACAGACCACAUGAAGCUCCAGAAGAAGGACGAUCGAAGUGUGGAUGUUUCACCCCUUCUUAGAAGGGAAAACAGAAAUAUUCAUAGGAAGGAAUACAGAGGCAAAGUUUGGAGCAGAGACUGAAGGAAUGGCCAUUUGGAACCUGCCCUCACUUGGGUACACAGCCCAUAUAUAUACAGCCACCAAAACUAGAUAAGAUUGUUGAAGCUAAGAAUUGUAUACUGACAGGAACAGGAUAUAAAUGUCUCCUGAGAGGCUCAGCCAGAGCAUAUCAAAUAGAGGCAGACGCUAGCAGCAAACUAUUGAACUGGGAAUGGGACCCCUGUUGUAAGAGUUAGAGAAAGUUUUGAAAGAGUUGAAGGGACUUGCAUCCCCAUAAGAACAGCAAUGCCAACCAACCAGAGCUCCCAGGGACUAAACCACUACCCAAAGACUGUAAAUGGACUGAUCCAUGUCUCCAGCUGCAUAUGCAGCAGAGGAUGGCCUUGUUGGGCACCAAUGGAAGGAGAAGCCCUUGGUCCUGCCAAGGCUGGAGCCCCCCCAGUGUAGGAGAUUGUCAGCUGGGGGUCUGGUAAUGAGAUGUGGGUGGGGAGGGAAACAUCCUUAUAGAAGGGGAGGGGGAUGGGAUAGGGGGCUUAUGUUCGGGAAACCAGGAAAUGGAAUAACAUUUGAAAUGUAAAUAAAAAAAUGUCCAAUAAAAGAAAAAAAUACAAAUAAAUCUUAACAAAGCCUCUUACAGCUGAAGAUAGUAAUCCUGUUUGCUGGAUUUGUGAGGCUAAAAAUGCUAAGGUUAUCAAUAAAUUUAUAUAGUGGGGCUAUUUCUCAGUGCAAUGUUGGCUCAGAGUACUAGGGCCUUUUGUUUGGAGUGGUGUUGGGGAGGGGUAGAUGGAGCAGCAAGGGCUGCAAGUCUGGGUCAGUCCCUUGCAGGGGGUGGGGGUGGGGCACCCCAUAGGCUUUCAGUGGCCUCAUGAGCUGCAGCUGUGCCCUAGGCCUGCCCCACCUGACCUGAGGGCCAACCAGUGGGGCCUGCCAGCUUGGGAGUAUUUACCUCUCUUCACUUACCUGCACUGGAGGCUACUACCUUAGGCAGAUGCCAUGAAGAUCAAAGAUGAUAAAAAAAAACCCUCUUUCCCAUGGUUUGGCAUGGACAUUAGAUGAACACUAGUAAUGCUUUCAUACUUUGGACAUAUUGAUAUCACAGCAGAGGAAGAACAAGAGGACAUUGAGAGCUUAAGAACUAUUCAGAAAUAUUUGACUUCUAAUGUAGCAUAUGAAUCUACUGGCAUUUGGGAUGUACAUCUUGUACUGAAGGACUUAACACUUUUUACACAAAGAAGAAACUUGCUCUUUAUCAUAUUUCCAACUCAGGACCAAAUCAGGAGAGAGAAAAUUUUCUCAGCCUUACAAAUGGUGCUGAGUGCUACAGGUGGUGGUGAUUACAAGUUUGAGAAAGAUUUUCGAACAAUUGGAAACCUCCACCUGUACACACUGGAUUAAUUUGACUGCCUUGUAAAGGGCUUGGUGUAUAUAGAUUGUCAGUUCCAAUGGACAAGCAGAAUGCUAUUAUUGUGCUAAUGCCUUAGAACCUGAGCACGGACAGAAGAUGACUUUUAACGUGGAUGAUCCUUAUCCAUUGCUGGUGGUGAAUAUUGGCUCAGGGUCAGUAUUUUAGCAGUCCAUUCCAAAGAGUGACUGGGACAAGCCUUGGAGGGGGGCACCUUUCUAGGUUUAUGUAGUUUACUGACUGGCUAUGAAAGUUUUGAAGAGGCUCUGGAAAAGCAUUCAAAGGAAAUGGCACUCAAGCUGAUAGACUGAUCUGAGAUAUUUAUGCAGGAGAUUUUGAAAGAUUUGGUCUGCUGGGUUGGGCUGUGGCCUCUAGUUUUGGUAAUAUGAUUUAUAAAGAGAAAUGAGAAACUGCUAGUAAAGAGGAUCUGGCAAGAGCCACGUUAGUUACUAUCACCAAUAUCACUGGUUCCCUGGCAUGAAUGUUUGCUUGCUGUUAAUGAGAAAAUAAAUCGAGGUGUCUUCGUUGGAAAUUUUUUACAUGUCAAUACUGUCUCUAUGAAACAUCUGGCACGUGCUUUGGUCAAAAUUGAAAGUACUGUUUCUAGAACAUGAGGGAUACUUUGGAGCUGUCGGUGCACUUCUUGGACUGCCAAAUUUCAGCCAAAACAUCAGAGAUCUUUAUUAAGAAAUGUCAUCAGGAGGAACUGAUCCAGAAACUGCAUUCAUUAUUUGUCACUGGCAACCAAAGGAUAAAACAGUAAUGCUAUUUGUGUUCAUUAUAAAUGUCAGAAUGGUAAACUUAUGUGCUUUGCCUCAUGGAAAGACCUGUAAUGGGACGUGUCCCUCAUGGAUGUGCCCUUGUAUGUAUAGAUAGCCAGCGUUACGUCUCAAAUGCAAUGCAGUCUCUUGGUUGUUGACCUUUUGUCAUGAUUUUCUAUUUAUUUGAUGCUGUAGUGGUCCAGCGACUAUUAAGGUCCAGCAGUGCUCACCCAAAAGGAGGGCUGGAAAGGAAAACAGCAGGGGCACAAGAAACAUGGAGCCAAGACAGUGUUCUGAUCAAGGCUCAAAUAAUCAGCAGUGUAUAUAAAGGGUAAACCACAAAACCCAUCCCCAGUACAGUAACUCAGAGUAGCAACAGCACAGCUGCCAAUCGAUAAGUUUCCAUUUCUUUGCAGCUCAUUAAUUCCAGCACAUCAAAGCUCACAGCUGCAGCCAAGGUAGGUGUUUCUGUUCAGGCCAAUAAAGCUUAUUGCUCAAGGUUUGCUCUUCCUGCCUUUCUUGUCAUAUGUUCAAGGUCUACAUAGCCUGUACAGGCUGAGGAGGCCAGAGAUGCAGCCAGCAUUGUAGUACUAUGUGCUCAGAUAGAAGUCUUAAAAUCUCAGAAAUGUUUGUUUAUGCAAAAUAAUUGAUUCUAAGUAUUUGUUUGGGUCAGUUUUAUGUAUAUUUGGUUACUAUUGAGCAGGAAGUAACACUCAUAAUUUAUUGUACUGGCAAUCAAAGAUCAUUUUCUGUGACUUAGAAAUGUUAAGGCAAUAUUAACUAUGUUAGAUUUAUAACAUAUCUUCAGAAAAGCAUGUCUAUAAGACCUCUGCCCAUAAGUACAAUUUUCCUUCAGAUGAUACUGUGCUUAAAUGUGAACCUGAAUUUUUCUAUUGAAUACCUGAGGUUUUUUGCACAUACUUGGUGGCGCUAUACUUUUUUUUUAUCUCAUACAUUAAUCAGUACAUAUGUUAAAAUGUUUACUAUUUUUAAAAUUGAGGGCACAAUCAUAUACUUUGGAGUCUAUCAAAUUAAUUAAAUUCUUAUACUGUUCAAGUGGAGUAUGGUUAGAGUGAGUGGCAUUCUGUGCUCUUUCUCUACCAUAUAGAUAUGCAUAUAGAAACGUGCAUUUCUUUCUUCACAUUAGAUCUGAACUGUGGAAGCUGAUUUUUAUCCUGCCAUAAAUGGUAGCAAUGGACAGAAUCAGAUGCUAUCUAAAAGAACUUACAUGACUCUGGGGCAGUGUUGCUGAAUUACAAAUGAAUCGAUGUUUAUGGUUUUUGGUCAUAAAAGCAGAUCCAGAAUUUGCCUUUCUGCUUGGAAUUUAUUCUUGGGUUUGAAUUCCUGUUUUUCAUAAUGUUAAAAUCUCUCAGAUUUUACAUAGGCAGUAACAUUUUGGAUGCCAUUAGUUCCAUAAAGUUGAGUUUGUAAGGGAAAUGGACCUGUAUUGAUUUCUCAUAUUUCUGAAAAUAACCUUAAAGAGGUUGGGGAUUGUUUAUAUUUCAAAGAAUAUUUCAGUGUAGGUUCUGAGACCCCAGUGUUCAGUGUCUAGCAGACUGUCAAGAGGUGCUUGGUAAAGACAGGUCUCUGUGUAGUUUAUGUGCAAGUGUUUAAAAUUCAGUUUUCUUUGCCUACAAAUACAAACAUGCAAUAGUAUCUGGGGAGGGAAACAUGACAAUAGUGUUUGCCCCAUAAACUGCUAGGAGCCUUGCAGUAGGUCCUUUAAGUAAACAUUUUAAGUCUACAGGGAUGUCAACGGGUGUUUGCUUGUGGAUCUGUGACCACUCGUUUCAGUUAGAAUGCUACUGCUUCCUUUGUUUUCAAGGUUUUUGACUUGUGUGUGCAGAUAAGAAAAUAAUUGAAUGAUAGAAACUGUAAAUUACUGUGGAAAUUCUAUACAUCAGCAACUAUAGGUUUAGGGCUAUCUUUAAAGAUUGAAUAGUGCUCACAUUAAUUAAAUCACUUUGCUUUGGUUUAUAUAGAACUAACAUUUUGCCAUUUGGAACUGAAAUUAACUACUAACAUCCAUGUAAAGUAAGCUAGCUAGUUCACACAUUUACCUUUUCCAACUGUAAUCUGUAAUUACUGAAUUUAAUGAGAGCACAGAAUCACAAUUGAUAAAGGCUGUCAAGGUUCUAAUCUGGUCUAUAUUGCUCCUGAGAAGUUCCCUGUAACCACCAUGCUGUCAUAAAUAGAGGUUUGCUUCUAGUAUCAAUCAACCUAAUAUCUGUAUUCUUAAACAGUGCCACUUAAUAGAUAAAAUGUAAUCUAGGUAUAAUUUUGUAUUUUCAAGUCAACACAUUAAAGCUAACAAGAAAUAGGUAAAGGUAAUUUUAGUACUUUUUUUUUAACCUUACUAGUAUAUCUAAUGUGUUAUUUCAAUGUGAAAUUGGCACAAAAUUGGGAGAUGUGUUUUGCCCUCUUUUGUUUAUUUUGUUUUUGUUUUUUUGGUCUUCACUUGAUAUAUAUUUUAUACUUAAUGACACAUUUCAAUUUUGGACUGACCAACUUUCAUAUUUCAUUGUCUCUGCCCCUGCCCCGGCUGCCCCUGCCCCUGCCCCUGCCCCUGCCUGUGCCUCAUUGUUAUUUUUUAUACAUACAAAGAGUCUUUAUAAAAAUUCUGAUAACAUUCAAAUGCUAAGAGUACUGCCAGCCAUGGUUUUGGUAGUAAAACACACACACAAAUCUAAAACACCACCUUUUCCCCAGAAGGUAGCCUUUUAACUAGAUCUCUCCAGGCAUCUAUAUAUACACAGGCCAUAGAAUGGCAUUUCCUUCCUCAGCUACCCUGAGUAGGUGGGGGAGUAAUGGAUUUUUCCUUCGGUUAAAAUCAUUGUGAAGUCUAGGCCAGUGUGAUAAUUGAAAGCCAGCCCCCUCAAAGGAUUCUCAUUAUUUUCAAAUACUGGACUCUUCAAAAACUCUAAAUGGAUGGUGCCCUUGAAUGCGUGUGAUUGCUGUAGGUUAGGUACUCAUGCCUAAAGAUAAAGCUGUUUUGUGGGUUACAUUCCUGAGGGAGAAGAGUUCAUCUGGCUAUAAUUUCUAAAUAUCCCUUGUAAAAUUACUUUGUUAGAAAGAAACUUCUUUCAUAUUUAGUUUACCAUUCCUUCUUUUUUGAGCACUUUAUCUUUGUUAGUGUUUUGAAUUUUUGAAUAUAAUUCAGAAAUUCUAGGUUAUGUAAAGAAUUGAUAAAGCAUAAUGAAAAUGAGUGUAUAUUACUUUGCAUUCAACUUCAGUUUUGUGGUGGAUAUAAACAAAAUAAUUGAAAUACUUAAAAAAAAUACUAUCAUAUUUAAGGUGAUUGCCUCUAAAUGUCUAUAUUGUCUUUUCCCACCUAAGCUCCUAUGUUACUGAGUGCACUUCUUUCUGACAGCAAUGCAGGCCUCCCAGCUUCAUCUAUGUCACCAGAUAAUCUCUUGUUUGGUUUUUCGUUUUUGAGACACGGUCUUUCUAUGUAGUCCUGGCUGUCCCAGAACUUUGUUAUGUAGACCAGUUGGCCUCAAACUCAAGAGAUCCUACUAUCUCUGCUUUUGAAGUGCUGGUAAUAAAAGCAUGUACCACCACAUCCAGCCUACAUCACAGAAUUUUUGUCUUACAAUCUAACAGGAAUUGUCUCACAGUGUCAGUAAUAUAAUGAUGUAAUCUUUUUUUUUUUAAGUAUUAGUUUGGCAGUUCAAUACAGCAACAUAAAAAAAGGGCCCCAAGUGUUUGCUGACUUUUAUCCUACUUGCAAAAUUAAAAUACUCUUUAUUGGACACAUGUGCUGUCUUACAUAUUCAGUACAUGGAAUUGUACUUUGUUGUAAUGGUUUAUAGUGUUCUGGUCAUCAACCUAGCUUCUUUAAGUGUUCUCUUUAUUUGUUAACCAGGAAUUCGGUGGCCACCAUGGGAAGUGACACCAUUGCCAGGGACCUGAGCUCCAUUCCUGGCAAUGCUUAAGAUGACUUACACAUUUCAGAUGCUAUCGUGUUCUAGAGCUAACUUUUAGUGCUUUAUAGUAUUUAAUAAUUCCUCUUCCUUUUAGUAUGUAUUAAAUACUUACAAAACUAGAAAAAACGUUAUUUUCUCAUUAGUGCCUGUGAUAUUGGAAAGUAUGUGUGUACAUUCAUCUGUAGCGUCUUGAAUUUUAACUAUUAACUUCAAAAUUAUAUAGGGAUUGUUACCACUCUUCAUUUAUACAAGACAAAAAUACCCCUCUAAAUUCAGAGAUGUUGAAGUAUUAGCUAUAUUUGGGACUUUAGAAGCCCCUCUCUUUGACCUGUUUAUUUCUAAUCAUUGUGUGUGGUCACAGGUGGGGGUGAACACAAAGCUCUUCUGAAAUUAUUGUAUUUGUCGUCACACAGUUCCAGCAACAUUUACAAAAUGAAAAUGUAGUCACCUGCUGGUAGGUUGGAAUAGAUUAUAUUAUAGUCCUACCUAGUAAGGCAGGUAGAAGAUCUUAAGAUCUCUUUUCUGAGCUGAAUGGGGUAGACCUGUGUCUGACAGCAAUGUCCUUCUAAAAGUCAGUGUGGGCUGAUGCUGGAAUCCUGCUGCUUGGGGAUCUGACCAUAAUUCAUAAACAAGUUUGUCUUCUAAACAAAGUUUUAAUUUUAGAUUCUUUUUACUGCAGCUGCUGUUAAUUUAAUGCUUAAAAGACUUGAAAAAGAAUGUAACUUCCACAGAAAGCAUUUUCAUUUUUACAUAACCUUAAAGUACCUUAAGUGAUAUAAAAUAGGUUGAGAUUGCAAUUGUUUUUGGUUCUAAGCUUCAAAACUGAGUGUCAUUGUGACUGGGUGUCAUCAGGAUGUCACAGUAGCUCACUUAGUACUUUAUUAACCCUGUUACUAAGCCAUUUGGAAAGUGGCCAGUUUUUGCUGAGUGAACCCUUAGGGCUUACAACAUUUAGAAGGAAAAAAAUAACUUUGUAAAAUCUAAUGUUCAUGCUGUAGUGUCCCAUUCUUACCUGUAAUCCCUGACCCUGCAGUGAGAGGUUCGAAUACUUGGUCACUGUUACCCACUGUGUUCGAGUUAUGUGAACUCCUGGCAUUUUAACUGAUGUAAUUUUGCCCAUUUCUGAUGAAGUCAUUUCUAGGUGUUUUCUGUCUCAACUUAGGGCAUCUUUUACUUACACAUGUCACUUCAGUGCAAGUUGCCUGACUCUCUCUUGUGUUCUUGACAGAUCUAAGCUUUGCUUAUGUUUAGAAUUUUCUAAUAUUAAAUUUUAUGUGAAAAUGUAUGAGUUACUACAAACUUUAUACAUAUAAGACUGACUUAUUGACUAUUUUAACCUAUAAAACACUUCUUGAAAUUAUCUAAUUUAUUUUUCUGUUUAUGUACAGUUUCUUAAUGUCAAUUUAAAAAGUAUUUGUUGUGCCCUGCUCUGUAAACAUUCCCUUAAUGCUUAUUUGCAAGAAAGAAUUUGGGGUUCUACUUGUUUGUACUAUGUAGCUGUAAGUUGGGUUUGGGUGUCUACCUUUUCUGUGUUCUAACUUUUUUAAUUUGUUAAUAUUCUAAAUAAGUGUUAGACUCAUGCUUUUUAUACCCUCCUUUCUAAAUGAAUUCUCUUCUUUAAAAUAAAUAAAUAAAUAAAUAAAUAAAUAAAUAAAUAAAUAAAUAAA